AUGUUAUCAGGCAAAAUACUUAAUCUUCCUUUACUCGGUAAGGUAUCGAGGUUUAACAAUGCCACUGUGAGGAUGUUUUCUGGUGGUCAGGUUGCGUUCAAUGAAAAACAAUUAUUCGCUGGGAUUUCUGACAUGCUUUCAAGCUCGAGAGAUAUCACUAAUAUAUCGACUCCCAUUGAAGAGAGUAAUGGAACGCAAGUUGUUUCAGGGUCUGGCAAGAAAAAAAUAGUUAAGCCUAAUGAAAGGACUGUAAAAUAUGUGUUGUCUUGUCUUUUUGGUAAGAAUAACACUCAUUUCACUUACUCUGCUGUGGUUGAAGACACUAACUAUAUGAAAUUGAAUUCUGACAAAAGUUAUAAUGAACAAUUUUUAUACUAUUAUAAUCUACCACGCAAAGUCAAGUUUAGUAUUUCUACAGGUUGUCUUGGGUUCCGCAAAGCCGCAAGAGGUGAAUAUGAAGCUGCCUUUCAGACAUCUGCAAAAGUUUUUCAAAUGAUACAAGAAAAAAGAUUAAUGGAUAAAGACAUUGAAAUUGUGAUGAAAGAUUUCGGCAAAGGCAGAGCUGCGUUCACUGCUGCGUUGAAUGGUAAAGAAGGUAAUAAUAUAAGAAAAAACAAUUUCUAG